AUGUCGUCGAUACCUAAAAUUUCAGAUUUAAUCAAGACGGAUUUAUCAUUAGAAAGAAUCCGAGAUAUUAAGGAACAGUUCCUUAAACAGAAAUCUACAAUUGAGUAUCAAUUAAAUAAAGAAUCUGAAAAAUAUUAUGGAAAUGUUCAAGAAAGUCUAAAUCUAUUAAAUACCUCUCAGAAAUCUGUCAACGCAAUCAAGGAACGAUUGAAUGAUGUCGAUAAAUUAAGUAAAGAGAGUAAAUCCUCAAUUGAUAGAUAUGAUGUGAUAUUCGAUGCCACUAAAUUAUAUGAUACUAUUAAUACUACCUCGGCAAUUUAUGAUAAGAUUAUGAACUUCACUAAUUUGGUUGAUAAGAUGGAUCAAAUGUUAGAGCAGGAAUUAUCAAUGGAUGCAAUUGAAUCGGGUUGCCCCUAUCUUUUAGACAUACACUAUUCAUUGACCAUCGCGAGAGAUUUCCAAGAUCGAAUGAAUGUAAUGGCUCAGGUUUCAACAGAUGAUGUACAAAGAAUUGUUCAAAAAGUUUUUAAUAAAGUUUCUGGAUUAGUCACGAAAUUUGAUCAACUAUUGGAAUCUUUAAUUUAUGACCUCGUGGAAAUUGUUAGAUCAGGUCAAAUUUCUUUAGCCAUAAGAUUAUUUAAGAUUAUUGAUUUAGAGGAAAGAGAAGAUUUAAGAAUUACAGCUAUCAGAAAUAUUAUUAAGAAAAAGGAAAUUCAAGCUGAAAAAUCCUCCAUUAGGAAACUUCCGAAUAACAAAAAUGCAGCAAGGUUAUUAGAAGAUGAACAUUCUAUUGUGGAAUAUCCAACCCCCAAUGGGCUUUAUAAUGAAAUUCUUAGUGGAACCAUCGCAUCAAGAACAUUACCGCGUGGUUAUAGAAAUUUUUUCUUCAAUAAAUUACAACAAUCAAUUGCAGAUAUGUUUAUUGAAGUACGGAAAGAAUAUAAGGACGAAAAAACAUUUGAAGUUCUUAAUAAUUUAGAUUGGGUAUUUAAUGAACUAUUAAUGUUUAAAGAACAUAUUUCAUUAUAUUGCUCUAAACAUUGGAAUAUCUUUGAUAAAGCUUACGAAUAUUAUUAUAAUGAGAUGCAUAUACUGGUAAAUGAGUUAGUAGAGUCUGAACCUGAGACUAUUAUUAUUUUAGACAUUUUAGAUUUUGAUAAGAGUUUCCAACAAACCUUAAUAAAAGAUUUCGGUUUCAAGAAAAAAGAUAUCAAAAGUAUUAUUGGACCAGAACAAAAGGAAAAACUAUUCAAAGAUUACUUGAAUUUGAUUGUGGAGAAAAUGACGGAAUGGAUCUCCAAUUUAGAAAAAGCAGAAUUUGUUGUUUUCCUAGAAAGAGCUACACCUCCUCAUAUAGACCCAGAGGGGUUAUUAUUUUUAGAUGGUACAAAGACAUGUUUCCAAAUGUUUACUCAACAAGUAGAAGUGGCAUCAGGUUCAGGCCAAGCUAAGAUAUUAGUUGGUGUUAUUGAGAAAUUUACCAAUCUGUUAUUAAUUCGUCAAAAACACUGGAUUGCAAAUAUUAAUAGUGAAGUUAAACGAUUACUAAGAUAUAAUGAACUAUAUGAUAUUGAUCCGCAAAAUAUUCCUGAAGAGGACCAAUGUCCAGGUGGGUUAUUAGAAUAUUUGAUUGCAGUUUCCAAUGACCAAAUGAGAGCAGCAGAUUAUACUAUGGCGCUGUCUACUAAAUAUGGUAAUUUAGUCAGUAAAGUUUAUGAGAAGGAAAUUUCAAUACAUAUGAAUAGAUCAUUAGAUGGGUUUGCAGAAGUGGUUAAAUGUACAUCCAAUGGGUUGUUAUCAAUAAUAUUUGAUGAUUUAAAGGGUCCAUAUCAUGAAAUAUUCAGUAAGAGUUGGUAUACUGGUAGUCAAGUACAACAAAUUUCAGAUACAUUGAAUGAAUACCUUGUUGAUAUUAAGGCACAGAUGAGUCCCGUCGUAUUUAGUGUUUUCAUUGGUAAUAUUAUCGAUGAAUCAUUUUUACAAUUUAUCAACGCAUUAAAUGAACAUCAUUCAUUUAAAAGUAAGAACAAUAAAUUCCUAGGAUGUAUGAAAAGAGAUUUCGAAAUAUUUUUCGAAUUAUUUGCCAAAUUUGUACCUGAAGAAAACAAACAAGAAAUUAUUGAUGUUAGAUUUAAAGUAAUGGAAUAUUUCAUUGAUUUAAGUUGCGGACCACUGGAUGAAAUUAUGGAUACCUGGGCGAAUUUAUUAGUGGAGUAUCCUGAGACUCCAAUUGAUUUCCUUACAGGUAUAUUGACAUGUAGAAAAGACGUGGAUUCUUCCGAUAGAAAGCAUAUGCUAAAGGAUGGUAUAAUAAAUAUCAAUGACCCAGAGAGAGUUAAGAGAUUAAAUAACAAAGUUACUGAAAUAUCAUUCAUCAGUAGAUUUGUUUUCAAUUCAUCGAAAUGA